UUAACAUAUUUUUGUAAUUAGUACAUUUUUGUAAGAGUAAAACAAUGGUGAACAUGAUGUCAAUCAAGUUUGCUUUCGUUGUCUUCUUCGCUGUUACAUCGGUGAUGAAUAUCGUAACAGUUCAAAAUGUUGAAGGGAAACGUUUGUUACCUGAAGAAUAUUCUCAAUUUGUGUUGGAUCAUCAUGAUGAAGCUUCUCCAUCGAUUGUCACACCACACAGCUUCCGUAAAUUCCAUUGCGAUCAAAAGUGUCAUGUGCAAUGUAUUAUUCGAGAGUCCAUGUUUAAUUGUAUUUGUGUCUGCUAAAUUUGUGUCUUUACUACAUGUUUCCAUUAGCAAUAAAAAAAUUAUUUGAAUGAAA